CUCCAAUUACACAUACCAUACUUAGAGAAAUAUUUUCUAAAAUACAAUGCACUAUGGUCCCAAGGACAUUACUAAAGCAUUGGGCUUUGAAAACAUUCCCGGCGGCUACUGACUUUUGGCAUUCCCGUAAAAUGCUUACCUUGCAGUUAGCUUUGGCGUUCUUAUGCGAACACGCUUUAAAUCUUACUCGUCUGAAUGCGGAUAUGAUGUACCUUCAUCAAGACUCAGGACUUAUCUUAUUUCAAGUUCGAUGUGAAUGAUGAUGUGCCAGCUUAAUCAACACAGACCUGUACCAUU